AUGAGUACCUUUGGCAGUCCCGGCGGCCAAGUGAAGGCUGGCCGACCGACACCCCCGGAGCGCGGCUCAUUCCCCCUCGACCAUGACGGCGAGUGCAAGCACAUCAUCUCGCGCUAUCUGAGCUGCAUCCGAUCCCACCGUGGGACCAACGAUCCGGCGUGUCGCGAACUGUCGAAACAAUACCUGACUUGCCGUAUGGAUCGGAAUCUCAUGGCGCCUGACUCGUUCAAGAACCUUGGUUUCGGCGAUGACAGU